AUGGAGCUGAAGACCAUUCGCCGAGAGGAUGCCGCGUGGCUGAAGCUCUUGCGUGUGGAACGUGCGGAUACGUUGAAGUACCAGGCCAAGGAGCGCGUGAUGCAGAACGUGGCUUACACUUGGCUUGUCGCGAACAUCCUGCCUGGCAUAGGCGAGGACCAUGAGGCAGCUUCCUGCGCCCUGCCAGGAGGCCCUGUGGGCACGCAGCCUUCGGCCAGCGAGGCCGAAGCUGACUGCGCUGAGCUGGAUGCCGAGCGAGAAGUGCUUGAAGCCGCCGCAGCCACACAGUCCUUCAAGAUGUCGCAAAGUUCCCAUCUCACCGAGCUGGUGCCAGAGGGACAAGGCCCUCCGCCGCUGGAGGAGAAGCCGGAUGCAAGCAUCGCCUGGGAGGUGCAGGAGCCCGUCCCCAUGCACCAGAGUGAGGUCAGCCAGCGAGCCUCUGCAGGUGCCGAGGAAAUCAGACCGGUCACCAUGCAGGACGCAGCAAGCAGCCCUGCGCACUCUGCAGUUACAACUCCAGCUACCAGUGGCUACCAGACGCUGCCGAAGGGAGUGCCAGAUCCUGUUGAGAUUCCAGCAUGUGCGGAUCCUCCCGCAGCUGUCUUCACCGCGGAGGACGAGGCUGUCGUGGGCCUGAAGCGGCGUGGCGGUGUGGAGGUGGUCGUGGAGUCCCCACGAGCCAAGGUGAAUGCUCACCGCGAGCCGCUGUCAGCACGCUCCUCUCAACGCGAAGGCAGCGAGCCGCGGAGCGAGCAGCAUAGGCUGAGCCCGGUCCCGGGCUCCUUGGGCCUGCAAGGUGCACCAGCACCCAUGGUGCCGCGGCAGGGCAGGCCCCCCAGGCAGCCCGCCACGCCAGGAUCCGCGGCUGGAAGCAUGGAGUCUGAACAGCCCGCUCCCCGACGACGCGUGCCUUCUCUUGGGCGAAGACCCAGCUUGCCCAAGGCCGAUGCCGCGAGACGCAGCUCCUCGGCAGGACGGUCCGCGGCUGGCCUCCAGCCCAACCGUAAGCUGGUGCGGAACGCGCUGGAGAAGUACUGCUUGAAGGGCGAAGCCAAUCGAGAACAGCGUGAGCAAGUGCUGAGAUCCUUUGAUCAGGACUUGGAGAGGUUUGAUCGAUUCAUCAUCCUCUUCCGGAGUAUUCAUACUGGACGGCACGACCUCCGAGCCCUGUAUGGAUUUGCAGAGGGCUGCUGGUCUCGCGUUCUACAGAUCCUGCCGUCACCAGCGUCGCUGGAAGAGCGGAUGGUUGUACAGUGCCUGAGAUAUGAUUCUGGCGGCAAGGAGUUCAAAGAAGUACCCGCAUCGCAAGAACCGUUAUCGGUGGCGGAUGCGGUCUUCUUACACCCGCAGUUCUUGCAAAGGUCUCGGGUGGUUGUGCCGUGA